UUGAUAUCAUAACUCCAAGAUAUAAAUCAGUCUAUUAUGAGCUUUUCCAAUUGAGUCAGGUGGGUUUUUAGUGAGGAUUUUACUGUGUUUUUUUUUUGCCAAGCAAAAUAGGUUCCACCUUUUCUCAGUUUGUGUUUCGGCAUAUCCUUUAAUGGCUCUCACUUUCUCUCUCGUCAGGGCCUAUUCCAAGAGAUAUGAUUGGCUCGUUUGCAAGCAAUGCAUAUUGAGAGGCUCUGUAUUGCGGGGGAAAGAGAGAGAGAUACAGACGUUCUUCCUCUCUAUCAAAAACCUUUUCUUUUUCCCUUUUCCAACCUUCAACUCCUUUCAUUCGCGAAAUUACACUCUUUGAACAAAAAGAAUGAAAAGUAUUUUCUCAAAGAAACUCACGCCUACGACAAUUACAACCAAUGUCGAAAAAGCUACAAGUCCUUCAUCGCAAGAGCUUGAUUGGUCAUUGGUGUUCCAGGUUUGCGAUGUCGUAAACAAUACCGAGCUCGGGGCCAAAGAAGCACGGAAACUCUUACAGAAAAAGAUGCUUGCCAACGAACCACAGACACAAGUGCUUGCACUCGAGAUGUUGGAUGCACUAUCAGAAAACUGCCAUCAAAAAUUCGCACCACAACUUGCUGCCAAGUCGUUUGCUGAAGAUUUGGACACUUUAGCAGUUUCCAAGUCGUCCGAUGAUCGGGUUCAUGGCAAGCUCGUGCACUGCUUGCAAAGCUGGGUCAGCCGGUUUGGCUCAGACGGGUCGUUAGUAGGCGUGCAGCGUGUAUACGAUAAGAUGAUGAACGGCCAACCUGGAGGAGGAGGAGCGCGAUUAGGCCGUGGCACAGGAUCUCGGCUCUAUAGGCCCGUGGGGAAUGCACAACCAAGGCAACUACAACAGCCGCCCGAAUUGUUACAUCAACCCGUGGAUGCGAUGAACGAUGUGCUACUGGCCAAGAAUAAUGCGCAACUGUUUUCACAAACACUAUCGUUCACGGACCCGACUCAGGAAGAUAUCAGCAAGAAUGAGCUUAUACAGGAAUUCUACGGCAAAUGCAAAAUGUUCCAAAGAAUCAUAUCAGGCCAUCUGCAAACGUGCAGUGACUCGGAUGUCAUAUGUGAGCAGCCAGAGCACAAGAGGGGGGUGGGGGUGGUGGAAGCGGGUUGUGAUACAGAGUCGGGGAGUGUAUAUAUACUAUGACGAGAGGGUGCCGCAAAUAAUAUAUCACAAUGUGUAACACUGAACCUUAACUGCAAGCCUCGCUAUUGGAGGCAAACAGCGAACUUGUCAGUAGUUUCAAGGCCUACGAUGAUAUGCUGGAGCGACGUGCCGUGAACGAGGCAACUACGAAUUCCGAGACAUUGCACAACCGUAGCACUCGGCGGCAGCAGCAGCAGCAGCAGCAGCACCAGGAGGAUGAAAACGCAGGAGCAACGACUGCUACUACGAGUACGGCAGCAGCAGC